AUGGGGCCCAAAGGGCCCGGAUCUGGGCCGGAAGGGCACCACCAGGCGCUGCCUCGCCGCCCCGCCGCCAACCGGCGACGCCACCAUCAGCUCGCCGCCCGGCGCCGCGCAGCCCAAGGAGCCACGCCGCCGCCGGAACCACCGUCGAUCCAGGGAGCACCGCCGCCGGCCGAGGGAGCCCCGCGCUCCCCCUCCAUACGCGCGGGUAGGGGCAUCACCGCCGCCGCCGGCACCGCACGGGGCUUUGCACGGCGGACUGCGCCGACGGCGGCGGCGGGGAGGACGGAGGAGAGAGGCGGGAGAGGCUGGGUGCCGAGGGCCCUCCCGUCGCCCGCGGGGAGCGACAGCGAGGGCCGGGCGCCGGGGGAGGAGAGGAGGGGCGGGGCCGGAGACGGGGGAGGGCCUGGCGGCGGCGGCGGCGCCGGGGCGGAACCCUAG